CUAAUUCCCUUUCCCUCUACUCUCCAGUUCAUCCCCGACAUCUAGCAUCGCCGUGGAAAUAGCAGCGGCGGCCGGUUCCUAUGCGUCGUCGCCGACCCGUCUCUUUCGCCGCCGUGCCAUCUCUGUUGCCGCCGUACCAUCUCUGAACCCCAAGACGUUGAAGCAUGUCGAGGAAAAGCGGUAAAAUCGCCGGCGAGGUUUCCACAUCUUCCGGAUCGACUAACACAACCACGAUCUGGUUGCUGUGGUCCCUUGCUUGUGUGGCCCCGUCGUCGUCGCUUUCUCCCACCCGCUCUCAAUCGACAGAUCAAGAACUGGGGGCGACAGCGACAACUCGAAAUCUUCAAAUGGGUUCGGGGAGUGGAAGGGAAUUGAAUCGGAGUUUGAGGAGGGAACGGAAUCGACUGCGGCGGCGACUUUACAGGACCGGCCGCCGCUGCGACUUCAUCGAAGGAUGGAGGGAGAAUGGGUUCGUCGGAGGGGAAGGUUUUCGAAAAUAAGUCGCUGGGGUGAAAAGGUAGGGAAUAGAAAGCGUCCUGAUAAGCUUUUUUUAUUUUUAUUUUGGUUAAAUGAAAAGUUAAAUGGGAUUAUGUGGAAAAUCAGAUUAUUUUAGGUUAAAAGAUGCUUAGUUGGCGAUGACGUGGCGGGUUGACCGUUAGUCAACGGGCUUGACCGUCAGAACUAACGGUCAACGGUCGGAAUUGGCUAAAUUAGUAAAGUAUAUGAUAAGUUCAGGCCACGAUAUUAAUUACUAAAAGGAUUGGCCAGGAUGUUAAAUUUGUGGAAAGUUCGGGCCAGAGAAAUAUAUUAACCCUAAACUAAUACGAGGAUGUAUGUUUUAAUCUGCUUAUCAAUGAUUUUUUUAUGGUUAUUGGUUAAAUGAAAAUUUCAAUAAACUCAAACACCCUAUAAUAAUUACUUAAAAAUUAUUAUAUGCAACUGUCACCAAACACAAUUUAGUAUUAAGAUAUUAGCACUAUAACAACACUAAUUGUACAAAUAACCUAUAUUUUCCUUAAAAGAAAAGACUCUGUCUCAAAGUAGCAUACCCUAAGACCUAAGUUGUUCAAAUUUUAUCUAAUAUCCAAACAACUUAGGGUAGGCUAAGUUGUUCAACACUAACCAACCGUUUCAUUUCAUUUUGGCGAAAUUUACUAUUGGGUUUUGAAUUACCCUAUCAAACAUCUACGUCACAUUUAUUAGCAUAAUUAUGCAUCUCUUUUUUUUUUAUUACCCAGGAACUUCAACCCCACAUGCCACUUUUGUGACAGGCUGACAGCGUUGUCUACUAAACCUACCUCAACCCCACAUGCCACUUUGUGGCAGCGUUGUCUACUAAACCUGGGGAGUACCUGCAUCAGCAAAAUUUCAAGGCCUAGCAUCCGAUACUAGGAGGAGACUUUGUCUCCAGCACUCGUGGUGCCUCCGGGAACACCAAGUGGUGUAGCGGGGUUCGAACCUGAGACCUCACACAUCUCAAGCCCGAAAGACCACACUCUCAACCAACUUGGCUGUGUUACCUUUGGCAAUUAUACAUCUCGUUUUAUUUUGUAAUAAAACAUCUAUUUUAUCAAGUAAACUAGCUUUGUGCCCGGCCAUUGGCCGGGUAAAUUUUAUUAUUAAUAAUUAUUCAACGGUAUAAUUAAAUAAUAUUUAGUUAGAUAAUAUUUUUUUGUCGAUGUGUGUAAUUAUAAAAUUGUGUUUCUAGGAUGAGACUUAUUAUAGUUUCAUCUGAAUUUUGACACGAUAUCAAUAUGAUUUUUCACUUAAAUUGUUCUAUAGUAAAUCAAUAAAUUUUAAUCCCUGAAGUAAGAACCUUACACAUAUUGCUUUGUAAAAGUAGUUAGCUGUUUUUGAUUAAUGAAUUUUAAACUUGUAC